GCGGCCUGACCGCGCUCUCAGUCCGCGUCGACUCUCCGAUAGGGCCACACCGAUGGUAAGACGGGCGUCGGAUGCUAGACGCGGCGUCUCAGGCGGGUGCAACGAGUGGCACGCGUGGCGCGCGAGUGUGCGCGCACGUGCCGCGCCGGCACACGCGGUGGCGGCGCUCGGGGCGCGCUCGUCGCGCGGCUCGCCCGGCGAGCGCCCGCCUGGCGCGAGUGGCGCGCAGUACCGCGGCGGCGGGCGAGGAGCACAGAGCGCCGCACGCGCCGACAUGCGACGUUAGCGGGAGCAUGCGGCUGCCCCUGCUGCCGCUGCUCGUGCUGCCGCUCGUGCUCGUGCGCCCGGCAGCAGCCGGGAUCUGCUGGUCGGGAAUGGAGCGCGGCGGACGAUGCAGCUCUGUGGCGGCGCUACGCGUAGGUCGCGCGGAGUGCUGCUCGGGCGGCGCACGCGCACCCGCAGCCUGGAGCCCGCGUGACCUGGACAGUGGAGAAAUAUUCUUUUAUAAAGCUUUAUCUGGAGGUGUACCGUGUACAGCUUGUGCUGAAUCUUGUGCUGGUGUAUCAUGUGGUGCGGGGCGGCGGUGCGUGGUGCGCGGAGGGCGAGCGCGGUGCGUCUGCGCAGCGACGUGCAGGCGCGCAGGGCCUGUUUGCGGCAGCGACGGCAAGACGUACCGCUCAUUGUGCCGCUUGCGCCGUCGAGCCUGCCGCCGCCCCGCUAAGCACCUCACUCUCGAUUAUCCCGGGCCUUGCCGAGUCGGAAGCUGUGAAGGAGUUCGCUGUGGAGGCGACAAGCGCUGCGUGCUAGACGCUGAACUCGGAGCGCAUUGUGUGCGAUGCGGUGCCUGCAGUGUGGCAGGGGCACCCGUUUGCGCGGUGGAUGGACGCACGUACGCUGGUGCGUGUGCGUUGAGAAAAGCGGCGUGCGAACGCGGUAAAGCAUUGCCACUCGCCUACAAGGGAUCCUGUAUGGCGAACGCGACCUGCGCGCGAGUGAGGUGUGGCGCGGGGCAGCGCUGCGUGUCGGGCGGCGCGAGUGGCGCGCGCUGCGUGUCGUGCGGCGCGUGCGGCGGCGGCGCACGGCGCCCGCUGUGCGGCUCCGACGCGCGCACCUACGCCUCGUGGUGUCGGCUACAGCGCGCUGCGUGCCACGCCGGGACCGUCGUCGACCCCAUGCACCCUGGACCUUGCAAAGGAAACAAAAAUAUAACGGACAAUAGUGUGACCGACGAGAAAAAUGGCGAGGAUACAGACACAUCACGAGUCCUAUAGUCAUGGACUCAGAAUUAGCACUGCAGUGUUUAGAUAACUUUGUAGAACAAGUUGAUUCGUCUCUUGUUAGGACAAAUAUCUCCAAGCAUGUACUCAGUGUUAAAACGCUAUGUAGAAGACUGCGUUUGGAACCAGAAUUUACGAGUCUCUUAGGGUUAGGAUAUAGCCAUACUGAAACAAUCGACGUUUUUA